GCUUUGGCUCUGGCCUUGGUAUUUCCAUUUUUGUGAGAUUGUAUAUUACAAAACCAAUAUAUAAUCUUUGGCACAACGAAGUGCAGCGAUUAAGAUCAUAAAUCUCACAUUUUACUUUUUUUUAAUGCUUCAAUACUCUAUUUCAAUGGAUAGUUAAAGAUGGAUUUAUAGUCGCUCGACGUCCCCCACCCCGCCAUCUGUUUCUCUCGCACUUCACUCUAAAACACUCCUUCUUCUUCUUCUUCUGCUUCUUCUUCUUCUUUAAAAAGAUUUGAAACAGGCAGGAAUCGAAAGUGAAUUCAGAAAAAGAAAACCAACGUCUAAAGUAAGGUCGCAUUCCUCCUUCCCCACUUAGAAGCUUUCUGGUCUAUGCAGAGAGAAAGAGAGAUAUGAGAGGCUUGUGGAUAAAAGGAGGAAUUAAGCGCCACCACCCAUGUUUUCCUCCUGUAAUAAAAAAUGGUGGUUCUCUUUCUCCCUCCCUCAAAUCGUUCAACAAUUUGGUCCCUCAAUUCCGUCCUCCCAUAUUGGGCUUCGACCUUCCCGAGAUAUGGAAGCCUCUUCACACGCCUUCUCUCUCCUCUCACUACAAACAGCAACAACAAGUGUCGAAUGAGCCUAUUGCAACCGUAAUUGAUGGGAAGUCUAUCGCAGAGGAAAUAAGAAGAGAAAUAGCUAUUGAGGUUAGAAAAAUGUACGUUUCCAUUGGCAAAGUCCCUGGUUUGGCUGUGAUUUUGGUCGGAUCAAGGAAGGAUUCUGUAACCUACGUCUGCUGCAAGGAGAAGGCUUGUCAUGAAGUUGGAAUCACUUCUAUCUGUUCACGAUUGCCUGAAGAUUCCUCUGAAGAUGAUGUGCUUAGAGCCGUUUCAAUAUUUAAUGAGGACCCAUCAAUUCAUGGUAUUCUAGUGCAGCUUCCCCUACCACAUCAUAUGAACGAGGAGAAGAUCUUGAAUUCCAUAGACAUACAGAAAGACGUUGAUGGCUUUCACCCACUUAACAUUGGAAACCUUGCUAUGAAAGGCAGAGAACCACUGUUCCUCCCUUGCACCCCAAAAGGGUGUGUAGAGUUGUUAAUUCGGUAUGGCAUUGAAAUCUUGGGCAAGAGAGCAGUUGUUAUAGGGAGAAGCAAUGUUGUUGGUCUUCCAACUGCCUUGCUGUUACAGAGGCACCAUGCUACUGUAAGCACGGUGCACCCUUACACACAAAACCCAGAGGAAAUCACACGUGAAGCCGACAUCGUGGUCUCAGCAGCAGGAGUGGCAAACUUGGUGCGUGGGUAUUGGCUGAAACCCGGUGCUAUUGUGAUUGAUGUAGGCACAAACCCUGUAGAGGAUAGCUGCAGUGAAAGAGGGUACAGAUUGAUAGGAGAUGUUUGCUACGAAGAAGCAUCGCGGGUGGCCUCUGCCAUAACCCCUGUUCCUGGAGGUGUUGGACCUAUGACAGUUGCCAUGCUUCUCUCUAACACUUUGGACUCUGCAAAACGCUACUAUAGAUUAAGAUAACAUCUCAGGUAAAGUCCAGGUGUCUCGCUUCUUCUUCUUCUUCUCCUUCCUUUUUUUUUUUUUUUUUUUUUUUUGGACCAAUGAAGUCCAGUAUGUUACGAGUGCCGGAGGCUGACAAGGACAUUUUUUACAACCCAGAGCCUCCUUAAAUGGUGAUGUGAUCAUCAUCCUUGAUAUCCCAUUAUCACUUUACCAUUAUCAUAAUUUCAUGGCUUGUCUAUGUGUAUCCAUCACGCCAUUAGGCUUUGACCAUGUUCUCUCAAAUCUCUUCUCUCUACAGUCACGAAUUUUGCAGUGGGAAAAAAAAGAUUUAAAUGUGUAUAGGUCAUCAGCUUUGUUUGCAAAGGGGAGAUUUGCACCCUAGACCUCUUGCAAACUCGAUUUAUCUGUAAGGCCAAGCAUUUGCUUUUGUCAAUAAUUUCAUCAAUGUAAUGAACAUUUGACAAAAUCCUCGUGCUACCGCAUGUGCAGGUUGGGAAUUCAGAAACGAUUAAUAACUGCAAGAUGAUAUGAUGAUAUGAUUUUUAAAGGUAAUCCAAGAGGUGAGGAUGGAUUCCAUAAAUUUUAAAAACGAUAUUUGGCUCCUAAAAUCCUUUUUAAAAAUACCUUUGCAUAAAUACACCUUGCAAUAUUUAAA